AUGUUUACACCAGAAAGAGCUGUAUUUGGUGAAUCAGUUAUCAUGACGUGUAACUCUAAUGGUCUCCCUGAACCAAGUUAUAACAUAACCUAUAAUGGUACCGAGGUCAGUGCUAACAAGACCUACACCAUAGACGAUGUGCAGUACAGUCACGCUGGAAUAUAUAAAUGUGUCGCAACGAAUAAACUUGGAAAAGAUUCAGCUUCCGGUAAUUUAACCGUCAUAGGUAAGAUUAGAUGUUUGGACGAAAUAAGAUUAGAUGUUUGGACGAAAUCUUUUGACCAAAUCUAUCUGAUUGGUUCAUUUUUUGUCACGUGUUCGCUUUUAUAUACACUAGUGUAAAAGCACGUGUAUUUUCCCGAUCCAGGCUACUAACUUCCCCACAAAGGGCUUUCGCUCGAAACGUCGAAGUUUUCCUUGUAUUUUUCACGUAGUUGAAUCCCUAUCAAUCCUGUCACUACCUAUGCUAGCACAAACCGUUCGACAUUAUUAUCAAUACAUGUUAGGUGUUAGUAAAGGUAAAUAUACAAAUAUGGUUGAAAGCUUGUCAAUCAUCAGUUGACAUAAUUAUAAUUAUAAUUUAUUUACUUGUUAAACUUUAGCCGUUAACUUAACAUAUUUAUAAAUGUUAUAAGGAAAACACGCCUAGGAACACUAACACAGCGCGAGCCAAAUUGUAAAGAAAAAUCGCUCGUUGCCCAGACAAUAAUAGAGAGGUUCAGAUUUGACUUCCACUGCCGCUACCACUACAGUACCUCUCAUUGGCUCAGUACGCAUCUGAUUGGUUAAUCGGAUAUAUCAGACGCAUCUGAUUGGUUAAUAGUCCCUGAAUUGUAGCGGUAGCGGUGGUGAAAGUCAAAUCUGAACCUCUCUAUUGCACAGCAAGCUGUAAGUAUGGACUAAAACCUCUUUAUUUUCGUAGUUUCGCUCGCUAUAAAGCUACCAGGAAAACCACCCAUGUGCGGCUACAGUAGUUUGCGUAUCGCUCAUGCUUGGUCUGUUGGGUCGGUUGUGCUAUUGGGUCUGUUGGGUCUAUUCCAGUAUUAAGCUCCCCCCCCCCCCAUCCUGUGAGCAAGUUGGACCCCCUUGACUUUUCUUUGAGGGUGUUACACCCCUCCCAGUUGUUCCGGUUAUUAAGUUUUAGGCAAUAGGCAUUGUCAUGCGAUUCUGGAAUAACUAAUUACGCAUUGGGGUUUGUUGGGCCAACUGAAAACCCAACGCAAAUACGUUCUUCCUAAAUCGCGACAGGUAUAGUGUAAUGUUCUAGUAUUUGCAGAGAGAUACUGUAAUACUAUUAAGUCGAAGUGCAAUUUCCACUGGAGGCAGAUCAUUAAUGAGGUAUGGACUAAUAGCGGCUGCUCAAGCGCCAUUUGUAAGCUCAAAGUCUACCUCGGUCUGCUUCACGUCAGUCCGGUUCUAUCUAUCUAUUCAUAAUGUAACCAGUCACUGAAAAGCCCUGAUAUAGGGAGUGUGCUGUGAAAUAUAAUAAUAAUAAUUAUAUUCAUUUUGAAAUCUUAAUGUAAUUUAAAAUUAAACAAUUUUGAAACGGAAGUAGUUCUUUUUAUUACGAAAGACACCCCCUGAUACUCGAUGCCGUAGCGUGGCAACAAGCAAAUAUGAUGAACCUUCUUUGAGCCAAUCGGCAAUCCAUUUAAAAUCCACCCCCUCCCCCCUAUGGAUGAAGUCAGUAAAAUUUUAACCCCUAGCUAAGAAAUGAAGAUGCCGAUACAAAACACCCCUCAGAAAUUUGUAAAUUUCCCCCUUACCUCUCGGAAAUAUCGCAGAGAUCAAAGAAUGGAAUCCUUAACCCCUCAGAAACGACUUUGGAGUUACCCUUUGACAAAUUCAUCCGUGGGGGGGGGGGGCAGGGGUGGACAUUAAAUGGAAUAGCCCUUUCAUGUGUAAAUCUCGAAACAUUUGGCCAAAAAAUGAAGAUUUAUGGAUACUGUGAAGACUAAAAGACAACCAAUGUAAGUUUAAACAUACUAUAGGUUUUAAUAGCAAUUUGAUUUGUUUAUUACACUUUGCUUUGACUGGCUAGCUAAGGUCACCACUUCAAUAUGAUUGGUUUAAAAAAUGAUGCGAUUACAACUCAUUCUGAUGCGGGCAAAGCUCAAAAAAGUGCGAUUACAGCUCUAAAGUAGUGCGAUUCGGGCUGUAAUCGCACUAUUUUUAGCCAAUAGAUUGCUCGAAUCGCGCAUGAUUUCAAAAUGAAGAUAAUAAAUACAGUAAUUUCAACUUUGAACAUUUGUUUACAAUCGAAGUCUUGACGCGACAGUCAAUAUUGAGCGUGAUUCUAAACCUGCAAAAUAACUUGUGCUGAAACGUGAUUUCAUUACAUUUCAGAGAAACCAAAUGUGACCAUCAAUUGUUCCAGUCCUGUCAUAGUAAAUGAAGGUGAUGAUUUCACAUGUGUAUGUAGAAGCGAAGGUGGAAACCCUCCAGCCAAUGUAACAUGGUAUGAUAAAGAUGGCAAACAGAUGGCAAAAAGUUUUGGAGAAAAUAGUUUAAAUCUCACUGAUGUGUCUAAACAAGACAUUGGAACAUACAAGUGUGUGGUUCAGCGCUAUAAUCUAACGGAUGAAGAAUUAAUUGAAGUAAAA